UCAAUUUACUCAGGCUGAAGCCUCUGUUGCUUUCUGGUUAUUGGAAGGACCCUGAGCCUUGAGCCUGAGCCUGAGCCUGAGCUAUUUUUCUUUCUUGCUGCUCUUGUUCGUUGUCGCCUGCAAUUCUUGCAUUUUUUUUUGCUGAUUUUCCUUUUCUUCUUUCUGUGAUUUCUUAGCUUUUCAGAUCUUGAUGCUGCGUUAGUUCUCUGGUAAAUUUGGAACCUAAAGAGACUAAUUUGUGAAGACGUGAUGUCUCCAGCUCUGCUGGGUGUUGAGGAGGAAGGGCAGAGCAAUGUCUCUUUAGCGGCCUCUUCGACAUCCAUUGAUUGUAUCUCCCGGAAUGGCUGUGGAUUGAAAGAACGUAACUAUCUGGGUUUGUCAGAUUGUUCUUCAGUUGACAGCUCUGCAGUCCCAAGCUUAUCAGAGGAGAAUAAGAACAAUCUCAAUUUGAAGGCCACUGAGUUAAGGCUUGGUCUUCCUGGAUCUCAAUCUCCUGAAAGAGAAGCAGAUGUUUCGUUGCUAAGUACAGGGAAACUUGAUGAGAAGCCACUGUUUCCAAUGCUUCCUUUGAAGGAUGGAAUCUGCUCAUCAUUACAGAAGCAUGUUAUUUCAGGCAACAAAAGAGGAUUUUCUGACACAAUGGAUGGAUUCUCAGAGGUUAAGGGUUCUCUGUAUUCAGAAAAGAACUGGCUGUUUCACUCUGCUGGGACGGAGUCUGAUUCUCCGCAAUCCGUGGGGCAAGGGACAUUUCCUGGUAGUUCUGGGAUGAAUGCAAUGCAAUUGUCUAGGCCUUCUGGGGCUCAAUCACACAUGAUGAAAGAGGUGCCACAGAAAGUAUUACAGGACCGGUGUCAUGGUGCCAAUGGAACCAACCUGAACCAGGCUGGUACUUCAAACAACAGCAGCAGUGCCCCUGCUGCCAAGGCACAGGUUGUUGGUUGGCCUCCAAUUAAGUCAUUUAGGAAGAACACAUUAGCCUCCUCUUCAAAGAAUAAUGAUGAAGUCGAUGGAAAACCCAGUUCUGGUGCUCUUUUCGUCAAGGUCAGCAUGGAUGGUGCUCCUUAUUUGAGGAAGGUAGAUCUAAGAACUUACUCCACUUAUCAAGAACUCUCUUGUGCUCUUGAGAAGAUGUUCAGCUGUUUUACUAUAGGUCAAUGUGGGUCUCAUGGAGUUCCAGGGAAGGAAAAGCUGAGUGAGAGCAAGUUGAGGGAUCUUUUGAAUGGAUCGGAAUAUGUGCUUACAUAUGAGGAUAAGGACAGGGACUGGAUGCUUGUAGGGGAUGUACCAUGGGAGAUGUUUAUUGAUACAUGCAAGAGACUAAAGAUCAUGAAGAGCUCUGAUGCGAUUGGGUUAGUAGUAUGCUUGACACAAUUGCUGCUUUAGUUGUCAUUAUUCUUUAAGAGUUGGUGUUCCUACUGCCCUUAGCUUCAUUUUUGGUCUGAUGCACAGCUCCAAGAGUGAUGGAGAAAUUUAAGAUCAAGGCCUAGCGAGGCUCUCUGGUUAUGCUUGAAGAGGAAUGCACUUAAAGUUUAUCUAUACAGUAGUCAAGUGUUGUGUAUUUGAUGACUGAUGAAUCAAAGAUUACUUAAAUAUCAUGCUUUCAACUGCUGUGUUUGUUGGAUUGUAUUGUGAUGAUAUUAGUUUCACUUCAUCGAAAGCUAAGGGAUUUUAUGUCAUGAAAUUGUGGACACUAAAGCGUUUAUAAAUGUUUGCUGCGAAACCAA